AUGACUUCGGCAACUUCACCUAUCAUUUUAAAAUGGGAUCCAAAAAGUUUGGAAAUCCGGACACUCACGGUGGAAAGACUAUUGGAGCCACUUGUGACACAGGUGACAACACUUGUCAACACAAGCAACAAAGGGCCAUCGGGUAAAAAGAAAGGGAGGUCAAAGAAAGCCCAUGUUUUGGCAGCAUCUGUGGAACAAGCUACCCAGAACUUCCUGGAAAAGGGGGAACAAAUUGCUAAGGAGAGUCAAGACCUCAAAGAAGAGUUGGUGGCUGCUGUAGAGGAUGUGCGGAAGCAAGGUGAGACGAUGCGGAUCGCCUCCUCUGAGUUUGCUGAUGACCCUUGCUCUUCAGUCAAGCGUGGCACCAUGGUGCGGGCAGCACGGGCGCUGCUGUCGGCUGUGACACGCUUGCUAAUCCUGGCUGAUAUGGCAGAUGUCAUGAGACUUUUAUCUCAUCUGAAAAUUGUUGAGGAGGCUCUAGAAGCUGUCAAAAAUGCUACAAAUGAGCAAGAUCUUGCAAACCGCUUUAAAGAGUUUGGAAAAGAAAUGGUGAAACUGAACUAUGUAGCAGCAAGACGACAGCAGGAGCUGAAGGACCCUCACUGUAGGGAUGAAAUGGCUGCUGCCCGCGGAGCCCUGAAGAAGAAUGCCACCAUGCUGUACACAGCCUCCCAAGCCUUCCUCCGCCACCCAGAUGUUGCUGCCACAAGAGCCAACAGAGAUUAUGUAUUCAAGCAAGUCCAAGAGGCCAUAGCUGGAAUUUCCAGUGCCGCUCAGGCCACCUCACCCACCGAUGAAGCCAAAGGCCACACAGGCAUUGGCGAGCUGGCUGCAGCCCUGAAUGAGUUUGAUAAUAAGAUCAUCCUGGACCCCAUGACGUUCAGCGAGGCCAGGUUCCGGCCCUCACUGGAAGAAAGACUGGAGAGCAUCAUCAGUGGAGCGGCCCUCAUGGCAGACUCGUCCUGCACGCGUGAUGACCGUCGUGAGCGUAUUGUGGCCGAGUGCAAUGCGGUGCGCCAGGCACUCCAGGACCUGCUAAGCGAAUAUAUGAAUAACACUGGAAGGAAAGAAAAAGGAGAUCCUCUCAACAUUGCAAUUGACAAGAUGACCAAGAAAACAAGAGAUCUGAGGAGACAGCUUCGGAAAGCCGUGAUGGAUCACAUAUCAGAUUCUUUCUUGGAAACCAACGUCCCUUUGCUGGUUCUCAUUGAGGCUGCAAAGAGUGGGAAUGAAAAGGAAGUGAAGGAAUAUGCCCAAGUUUUCCGUGAACAUGCCAACAAGCUAGUGGAGGUUGCCAAUUUGGCCUGUUCCAUCUCUAAUAAUGAGGAAGGGGUGAAAUUAGUCAGGAUGGCAGCCACCCAGAUUGACAGCCUAUGUCCACAGGUCAUCAAUGCUGCCCUCACCCUGGCUGCCCGGCCACAGAGCAAAGUUGCGCAGGACAACAUGGAUGUCUUCAAAGAUCAGUGGGAAAAGCAGGUCCGAGUGCUGACUGAGGCUGUGGAUGACAUCACCUCCGUGGAUGACUUCCUCUCUGUCUCAGAAAAUCACAUCUUGGAGGAUGUGAACAAAUGUGUGAUUGCCCUCCAAGAGGGGGACGUGGAUACACUGGACCGAACAGCUGGGGCCAUACGGGGCCGGGCAGCCCGGGUAAUUCACAUCAUCAAUGCAGAGAUGGAGAACUACGAAGCUGGGGUAUACACUGAGAAGGUGCUAGAAGCCACAAAGUUGCUUUCAGAAACAGUGAUGCCACGCUUUGCUGAACAAGUUGAGGUUGCCAUCGAAGCCCUUAGUGCCAACGUCCCUCAACCAUUCGAGGAGAACGAGUUUAUUGAUGCCUCACGCCUCGUGUACGAUGGUGUUCGGGACAUCAGAAAGGCUGUGCUGAUGAUCAGGACUCCAGAGGAGCUAGAAGAUGAUUCUGACUUUGAGCAAGAAGAUUAUGAUGUGCGUAGCCGGACAAGUGUUCAGACUGAGGAUGACCAGCUCAUUGCUGGGCAGAGUGCACGGGCCAUCAUGGCGCAACUACCACAGGAGGAGAAAGCAAAAAUAGCUGAGCAGGUGGAGAUUUUCCACCAAGAAAAAAGCAAGCUGGAUGCUGAAGUGGCCAAGUGGGAUGACAGCGGCAAUGACAUCAUUGUGCUGGCCAAGCAGAUGUGUAUGAUCAUGAUGGAGAUGACAGACUUCACAAGAGGCAAAGGCCCAUUGAAAAAUACAUCUGAUGUCAUUAAUGCUGCCAAGAAGAUUGCAGAAGCAGGCUCUCGAAUGGACAAAUUAGCCCGCGCUGUGGCUGAUCAGUGUCCUGAUUCAGCAUGUAAGCAGGAUUUAUUAGCCUACCUUCAACGGAUUGCCUUGUAUUGCCAUCAGCUUAACAUCUGCAGCAAAGUGAAGGCAGAGGUUCAGAAUCUGGGAGGAGAGCUCAUUGUGUCAGGGCUGGACAGUGCUACCUCACUCAUCCAGGCAGCCAAAAACCUGAUGAAUGCUGUUGUCCUCACGGUGAAAGCAUCUUAUGUAGCCUCAACCAAAUACCAGAAGGUCUAUGGGACGGCAGCUGUCAACUCUCCCGUUGUGUCUUGGAAGAUGAAGGCUCCUGAAAAGAAGCCCCUUGUGAAGAGAGAAAAGCCUGAAGAAUUCCAGACACGAGUUCGACGGGGGUCUCAAAAGAAACACAUUUCGCCUGUGCAGGCUUUAAGUGAAUUCAAAGCGAUGGAUUCCUUCUAGGACAGUAGGCUUCAAACAAGAAAGUGUUUUCUUUCUGUUGUCCUGCCUUUUCUUUCUUUUCCAUUUUGAUUCCAUUUCUGUAAGCAUACCUGCCGACUUGUGUGCCUCUGGCAUGGGGAAUUUAAGAGAACAGUAUCUGUUUGCAUGUAAGAUGAGAUGAGAUCAACACUACUGCCAUCGGUAGCCUGCAGAGGGGACAGGUCAUUUCUGUACCAAGGUGGCACGGAGCUGUCCUUAGCAACAUUCUCUUAAAGUUGGGCAAAGAGUUCACACUGCAAUGUUCAUGGGUGUGGGGGGGAAUGGGGAAAUAAACUUAACUCUACAAAAGCAAACUCUAAUGCAUGCAAGAAUCAUUAGGUUGGCAGGUAUAUUCAUAAGUGAAAAACCUGGAAGUGUAAUGGUAGAACAUAAAACCUGUACUGCUUCUGUUUCGGUGCAAAAAUGUAUUAGCCAAUACGCUGAAGUGUGUGGCCCACAAAUUGAACAAUUUAACCUGGAUGUCCUGUAUCCAUGCUAUCAUGUGGAUUCUUACCUGAGGAGAAACUAACUUGUCCCUUCUCCAAGGCUUCUUUAAUCUGCAUUUUGUUCUUCCUUCCUGGUAGUGCCAUUACUAGUGCUCCUCUCAUAUUUCUCCCCUCUGCUGAAGACAAUAAACAUUCAUUCGAGACACCUGGAUAUGUCUGCGGACACUGACAACCCAAAGUGGAGCUCCACUGUCCUUCCUUCUGCUCCUUUCUUUCCUUUUAAACUUGAACUCUGACUUUGCUAGACAUAGAAGGCUCAAUGGUGGAACGUUAGCGCAAUGGCGAUUGACAGUGUGUGAAGGUUUAGAGGCAAAUGCAUAGGUGUGUAGCUUGGAGUGCCGGUAUCUAAUAUACCAUUGUAUUCACUGACACAAAAUAAAU